CACCAUGUCUAUGAACAUCUUCAGCGACGAGGCCACCGAAGAAAAGGCCGAAAAUGCGCGUCUUUCUUCCUUCGUCGGUGCUCUCGCACUCGGCGAUCUCGUCAAAUCCACCCUCGGCCCAAAAGGCAUGAACAAAAUCCUCCAAUCCAUGUCUUCAGGCGACAUCAACGUCACAAACGAUGGUGCCACAAUCCUCAAAGCCAUCCAGCUUGAUAAUGCCGCUGCCAAGAUCCUUGUCAAUAUCUCGAAAGUCCAGGACGAUGAAGUCGGAGAUGGAACCACAAGUGUUUGCGUGCUUUCGGCAGAGUUGUUGAGGGAGGCGGAGAAGUUGAUUGGGAUGAGGAUCCAUCCGCAGACGAUUGUGGAGGGUUUCCGGAUUGCGAGUUUGGCUGCAUUGAAGGCAUUGGAAGGGGCUGCCGUGGACCACGGCUCAGACCCAGCAACGUUCAGGCAAGAUCUCAUGAACAUCGCACGGACAACAUUGUCCUCAAAAGUCCUCUCCCAAGACAAAGACUACUUCGCAAAUCUGGCUGUGGAUGCUGUUCUGCGGCUAAAGGGUUCUACAGAUUUGGAGCAUAUCCAGAUCAUCAAAAAAGUCGGUGGCAAACUGACAGAUUCCUACCUUGAUGAAGGCUUCAUCCUCGAUAAGUCAAUAGGCGUCAACUGCCCCAAGCGUCUUGAGAAUGCCAAAAUUCUGAUCGCCAACACUUCCAUGGACACCGAUAAGAUCAAGAUCUUCGGGGCCCGUGUCAAAGUCGACGGUACUGGCAAACUCGCAGAACUCGAGCGCGCAGAACGGGAAAAAAUGAAGGCCAAAGUCGACUCCAUCGCUUCGCACGGGAUCAAUGUCUUCGUCAACCGUCAGCUCAUCUACAACUACCCCGAAUCUCUUCUCGCCGAGAAGGGCAUCCUCACCAUUGAACACGCCGAUUUCGAGGGUGUCGAGCGGUUAAGUCUGGUCACCGGCGGUGAGAUCGCGAGUACAUUCGAUAGGCCAGAUCUCGUAAAGCUAGGCAAGUGCGAGUUGAUCGAGGAGAUCAUGAUCGGCGAGGACAAGUUGAUCAAGUUCUCCGGCGUCGCAGCCGGCGAAGCGUGCACCGUCGUCCUCCGCGGUUCCACCAACCAAAUGGUCGACGAAGCCGACCGCUCCCUACACGAUGCCCUCUCCGUCCUCUCCCAGACCGUAAAAGAGACCCGGGUUGUCCUCGGCGGCGGAUGCGCAGAAAUGCUCAUGUCUGUUGCGGUGGAGGACGCGGCGAAGACGGUGAAGGGGAAGAAGGCUCUCGCGGUCGAAGCGUUUGCGAGGGCUCUGAGACAAAUCCCGACGAUCUUGGCGGAUAAUGCGGGGUAUGAUUCGAGCGAUCUCGUUACGAGGCUGAGAGCGGCGCACUAUGAGGGCAAGGCGGAUGCGGGGCUUGAUAUGGAGCAGGGUACGAUCGGCUCGAUGAUGCAGCUCGGUGUCACGGAGAGCUACAAGCUCAAGCGACAGGUUGUCUCUAGUGCCAGUGAGGCGGCAGAGAUGAUCAUCCGGGUGGAUGACAUCUUGCGCGCCGCACCACGGAGACGAGAGGGGAUGUGAACGCGUUACAAUAGCAUGACGAUAGAGUAAUGGUACGCAGUGAAUGAAUGACCAGGAUCAUUUGUACUUUUUUUCUGCCUGGAUUCUCUAGCUUUGCGUGGCCUGAAUAACGGCCGUGUGCGGAACCAGAGCCAGCCGAUCGAACUCUGUGGAACACACUCCAUAA